AUGGAUCGUUUCGUAACGGUCACAAAGAAAAGAAGACCAGAUGAAAGUGAUGAAGGUGAAUCGAGUGGUGUUUCGAGCAGUGAUAAGCGACCAAGCACAAGUAAUCAAAAUGUGAUGGAAAGUGUUGAGCAACAAAAAAAGAAGAAUCGAAAAUUCAACAGUGAAUGGGAAGAAAAUUAUUUUGUUACGGAGCACAACGGCAAGGCAAUGUGUCUAAUAUGUAGACAUGAAUUUGCUGAGAAUAAAAAAUACAAUGUCGAGUCUCAUUUUAAUAAGCAACACAGUGAAAUGAACAAGAAGUUUCUACCAUCGUCUGAAAAACGAUCCACAGAAAUAUUACGGUUAAAAAGUGCGUUGGAAUCCGAACAAAAAAUUGUGAAAAACUUUUUCAGUACCAAUCAUCUGGUUACGCGUGCUUCUUAUGAAGUGGCAUUCAAUAUUGCAAAGCAUGGAAAAUUCUAUUCGGACGGUGAAUUUUACAAACAGCUGAUGCAAUCAACCGUUGCCACUUUGUGUGAGAAUUUGGAUGAAAAAUUGAAAGCACCAUUGCAUGAUAAAAUGAAAAUGUUAUCGCUCAGUCAUCAAACUGUUAGUCGGCGCGUUGUUGAUAUUGGAGCCGAGAUGGAAGCGAAUUUGAAACGCGAUUUGGAAGAGUGUGAAGCAAUUUCUGUGGCGUUGGACGAAACGAUAGAUAUUUCUGAUGUAUCGCAACUAAUUUUUUAG